GUUGCUAAAACAGAGAUACCUUGUGGGGAAAAGGAUUACUUCCACCCUUACUGCUAGCUGUGGUUUACCAUCUUUCUCUUCGAAUUCCAAAGGUUUCGUUUACCUCUUCUUCUAUUUUCUACACUGUUCUAAUAUGAAAACAUGAAUCUAUUUGCGUUUAUCUCCCUAAUCUUCACUUACUCCCCAAUUUCAUUUGAAUUCGCUGCUUCAAUUGCAAUUCUUUGCUGCCUCUGUCUCUUCCCCCUGCAUACACUGAAAAUUCUAAUGAAAUUGAGGACUUGGAUUCUCUAGUCUUCUUCAGAAGCAAGUUACGGUUCGUCCGCUUCUUGCGUCAGACCCUAUGCCCAUAUUCUCCUUGCAUUCUGCUCUUUGUUGCCUCAAUGUAAAUGCUGAUCUGUUAAUGAUUUUUCAUGUUCCAUCUCCGUAAUUAGCGAUAUUCAUGCUUCCCUUGAUAUCGGAUUUUAAAUGCCCCUUCCACUUUCCCGUUAACUUUUUUUCCUCAAACUCUAUUUCAGAUUAUCAAACCCUUUAUCUCGUUCUUGAAGCUUGUAGACACUCAUCAAAUUCCAAAACUGCUAUUGAAACGCAUGCAAGAAUUAUUAAAUUUGGAUAUGGAGACUACCCUACUCUCAUCACUUCCCUAGUAUCUACUUAUCAACGUGCUGGUUGUCUUAAUCAUGUCAAUCGACUUCUUGGUCUACUCUGCUCUAAGCAUCUUGAUUUAGUUGCAAUGAACAUAUUCAUUGAAAAUUUUAUGAAAAUUGGGGAAUAUAAAUUUGCUAAGAAGGUAUUUUAUAAAAUGCCUUACCGUGAUGUUAUAACAUGGAACUCAAUAAUUGGAGGUUGUGUGAAGAAUGCAUGCUAUGAAGAGGCAUUUAGAUUCUUCAGUGAGAUGCUGAUCUCAAAUAUUCAGCCGGACGGAUUUACAUUUGCUUCCAUACUGAAAGCAAGUGCACAGCUCGGAGCUCUAAGUAAUGCUCAGAGUGUUCAUGCUAUAAUGACAGAGAAAAAAGUUGAGCUUAAUUCUAUAUUAAAUUCUGCACUCAUAUACACGUACUCUAAGUGUGGUAGCAUCCAAAUUGCAAAAGAAAUCUUUAGUAGCGUCCCUCACAGUGAUAUAUCAGUUUGGAAUGCAAUGAUAAAAGGCCUUGCAAUUCAUGGGCUUGCAAUGGAUGCAUUACUGGUAUUCUCAAUGAUGGAACGAGAUAGUGUUCGGCCUGAUGCUGUCACCUUUUUGGGUACUUUAACAGCCUGCAACCAUGGUGGUUUAGUUGAACAGGGUCGUAAGUAUUUUGAUUGGAUGAGAAGUCGUUAUUCCAUCGAGCCACAGCUUGAGCAUUACGGAGUCAUGGUUGAUCUCUAUAGCCGAGCUGGGUUUCUAGAAGAGGCCUAUUCCACAAUCAAGGCAAUGCCAAUAGAGCCAGAUGUUGUCACAUGGAGGACGCUUCUCAGUGGUUGUAAAAUUUACAGAAAUCAAGAACUCGCAGAAGUUGCUAUUGCAAACAUUUCUGAUCUCAAGAGUGGAGAUUAUGUAUUAUUAUCAAAUAUCUAUUGUUCCUUCCAUAGAUGGGAGUAUGCAGAAACAGUUAGAGAGAUGAUGAAACACAAGGGAGUUCGUAAGAAUUGUGGAAAGAGCUGGAUUGAGUUGGCAGGUAGCAUUCACAAGUUCAAGUCAGGUGAUCGAUCACAUCCAGAAAUCAAUGCAGUAUACGAAGUGCUGGGCAGUUUGAUCAAGAGAACUCGGUCGGAGGGAUAUAUGCCUGUAACAGAAUUCGUUUUUAUGGACAUCUCUGAGGAGGAAAAGGAAGAGAACUUAUCAUUUCAUAGCGAAAAGUUGGCAUUGGCCUAUGCGAUCCUGAAAACUAGUCCUGGGGAAAAAAUUAGUAUAUCAAAGAACCUACGGAUCUGUGAUGAUUGUCAUAGAUGGAUAAAACUGGUUUCAAGAGUGCUUUGUAGAGUCAUAGUAGUGAGGGAUCGGAUCCGGUUUCAUCAAUUUGAAGGUGGCAUGUGUUCCUGUGGGGAUUGUUGGUAGUUUGGUGUCAAGAUACCAAUUCCUAAGAUCGACAGUUUGAUCCCCCUUGCAAUUGUUGAACUCAAAGAAGAUACCAAUAGUUACGUUGCUUUAUUUGAGGCUGUUUACAACGAUGGACUUUUGAAAUGCAUUCGCAAAGGUCGCAUGGAUCAAGUCAACUUGUCAACGAACUGAUUAUUUUUUCUUAUUCUUGGGAAAUUUAUGUCAUUUAACAGCACAACAUGAUGCAUUGAGCUUACGCCUUGUAUCUGGGGGAAACCAACAAAAUUUCUGUUGAACCAGGCAGCAAUUUUCAGAAGUUGUAACUGGAGGGUAGCCCUUUUUUCCUUUAUUUUUCAUGGGAUUCUGAUGCUUUCAGGUUUUUGUUCUUAAGUUAUUAGCUUGGUCUGAGGCAUGGAUUAUAUCAUAUAUGUGUGGGAGUGUCGCAACACCAUGGUGGAUGUUCUUUGAAGUUUAUAACUUGAACAACAAGCUUUGUCGAGUACCCACAAGGAGGCUGAGAAUAAUAUUGAUCGAGAAUGGACUGAAGUUUUGGGAGUUGAAUGUGUGGACCAUAUUGAGUUCUACUUUGCCCCUUGGUUUAUGAUGCAAAGUUUUGGUACUGACUCUCUUUUAUCAUUUCUUUUUCCCGUUCCAUGAACACCAAACUAGAAUCUACUCCUCGUCCAUCAAGUCGCCACCCAGCCUAACUGGUCAUAAUUAUUUGAUUCAUUUAUUCAUGCAUAACUAUUAUUGCUUACUUUUUUGGGAUCUUCACUUCUCAUAAAAGGAGACAAGCUGAAGCUGCUCACGUAAGAGAAGUUCCCAAAUAGAAUACCGGUGAUUGUCGAGAAAGCUGGGAGGAGUGACAUUGUUGACAUUGACAAGAACAAGUACUAUCUCUCUCUCUUCUCCUUCUUAACUGACAAUUAAAAGUAAUUGAAAGUAGAUACUAGCGCAUAUGUUUGCAGCAGCUGCAGUAAUAUGUCGAAUGAAAAUAACGGAAUGCUAGCAUGUAGUUUGAAUAUCGAGGUUUGUUUCGGGAGUAAAAAGUUUAGAAGAUUUGGAGUUCAUGAUGCUUGCUUCAAUGCAUAUUGUAGGCUUCGGUGAAAUUUAGUUGAAGAUUGACUCAAUGACUUACUUUCUUGUUUUUUUCUCUUUUGGGAUUAGAAAUGACGUGUAUUUAAAAAGUUGUAGGUAGUACCAAUUUCACGGCCGUGUGAUAAAGUGACGAUUGGUAUGAACAUUUUCUAGAUUUAUUUAUGUUCAUUUAACAAGGGUUAUUGUUAUUAUUUCACUCUUGGUAUUCACGUAACUA